ACGUGUUGAAUUUUUGGGGUCGAAAUUCAUUUCAGCUUCGUUGUGAAAGUUUCAUCUCCGCUCUCCAGCUUCACGGAAGCCAUUGCCACUGGAGUUUCAAAAGCUUCAAUCGGUAACCAAAUUUCGGCAGUACACUCGUUUAAUUGCAAGCGUUGAGAGCCUACUGUCAGACCCCCAAGUUGAUUCUCUCCCUUGACACCUGCCAAUAUGGAGAUCUGUGCUCCAAGGACUUGUCUGGACAACCUAGUUUUACUGAGUUCCAAGAAGGCAAGAAAGUUAAAGAGGGAAAACUUGAAUAACCCUUCAUGCAAUAUGGCAACCUGGAGCUUUAGGACAGGUUCUUGCAAGUUGAUCCAUUCUCAUGAACCUUCUGUAACUAUACGUCCUCAGAGUUAUCAGAUUCUCAAAAGAUAUUCCUUGCCAGUCACAUCAGAGGAGUCUUCAAUGCAAUCAGAAGAUCUUUCUACACAUGAAGAGGAAAUUGUAAGUGGAGAGGAACUUCUGGCUCAACCCCUUAGCAGCGAACAGCUGAAUGCAUUACUGGCUGACUCAGAAAGAGAUAGGCUUGUCAAAAAGCUCAGUCACGCCAACCAGCAGAACAGACUUCUCAAACGACAGCUACAUGUAAAGGACGAAGAUUUGGUUAACUGUAAGACCGAACUUGCUGCCUUGGAUCAUGAAAUUCAGGGUUUGAUCAAACUAGCAGAAGAAAUAGCACAAUCUGGUAUACCAGAACGUACGAGAAAGAUCAAUGGGAAAUACAUUCAAUCUCACCUUCUUACAAAAUUAGAAGCUGUACACAAAAAGAUCGUGGAUCAAAUAAAAGAUGUAGAUUUGGUGCAAUCAAAAGAAGUUCCACUAUUCUGGUAUGGAAUGGCUGAGAACGUGCAAGUUAUGGGAACUUUCGAUGGCUGGAGUGUAGGGGAAGAUUUGUCACCUGAAUACACUGGAGCUUACUCUAAGUUCUCAACAACUUUAAGGCUUAGACCUGGGAGGUACGAAAUCAAGUUCUUAGUGGAUGGAGAAUGGCAGCUAUCACCAGAAUUUCCCACUGUUGGCGAAGGUUUGAUGGAAAACAAUCUGUUAGUUGUGGAAUAGUUUUGCUGUCAAUGAUUCAAAAUUAUGUAAAUCAAAUUUACAGUGUAAACAUCAAGUUUAUCCAUCACCAUACAUGGUAGAAGUAAUCUUUACAUUUAUGGAAGAUCGUACUUGUGCCAACUCUUUUAAUGCGAAUAAAUUGCUCAACCUUGUUAAAAAAGUUUAAAGAAAA